AUGGUCUAUCAUGGUCCGUCUGGAGGUUGUAAGACUUGUCGAACCCGUCGAGUCAAGUGCGAUCAAACCAAACCGCACUGCAACAAUUGUACUCGACGGCGUCAGUCGUGCCCCGGAUAUGGCGACGUGUUUGACGGUGCCCAUAGAAACCAAAACAAUGCAAUCGUCCGCCGCAUGAAACGGCAGAAUCACCCGUACGAAGUGCAAUCGACCCAUGGCACACCCAGCAGUGAAAGGUCGAUAGAGCAACCCCCGUCGACCUCUGAAGCCUUGUCGCGUGUAUCCGGUCCAAGUCCCAAGUCACCGCUUCAAUGGGUUUUUUACUCAGCUCCCACAGAGCAUCUGCCAGAGACACCUGAGAGUGAGAGAGAUCACGCCACCGAACUCAACCUCCAGAAAUUGAACAAGUCGGCACUGACGAUCCCGGGCAUGGUCAAGCAAGAUCCCGAAGAGGCAUCCAUCUACUUUUUCUUCCAUUAUUAUUCAGGAAUCAUCAACGAACCCCACACAAGGCCGUUAACGAUGCUAUGGGAGCCAAUGUAUUUACGGUCAUCAUCUGAGUCUCCACUGCGAAUAGCCACAGCUGCAGUUACCGUCAAUAUCGCGAUGAUGUGGAAUUAUCAUGGCUGCGAUGCUGGACCUGCACGAAGGCUCUAUGCGAAAGCGAUCUCCGCCAUGCGACAAGCGCUCAGUAAUCCAUCGACAAGUACUUCGGACGAACUUCUCAUGACCACUUUAAUAUUUGACCUUUACGAUUCUUUGCUCGCCCACUUUCUGCCGGAGCUUCCGCAGCCAGGAAAACAUAAACGAGGAGCAUUGGCUUUGGUCAAGCAUAGAGGUACUUCCAACUUUGCUACGGAAGUGGGCCGUGAGCUUGUCAAUGUAACCCGUCAAACCAUUCUCGGCCAUGCACUCGCAUGGCGGAAACCAUUUCCUCCAGGCGCAGAGCAGUACUUUGACCAUUCGUCCCUUUCAGAGGGCAAAAUUCAGCAGAUGGACAACAUUGCAGUUUUGCUCGCCAAUGCACAAAGCCACUUCUGGGCCUUGAGGCGUGAACGUCUAUUAUGCAAAGACUUGGACCAUCUUCGGCUGAGCUAUGAAGAAGUCAUUGCCGAAGCGAUGAGAAUCGACGGCCUAAUGGUGGCGUGGCAACGAAGCAUAACAUAUCCUGAAUGGUUUCCACUAUAUGUACAACGAGAAGAAGUUGCUCCUACAAUCCAGGCCGCUGGUUUUUAUGGAAACCGAUGUGCCGUCUGGAAGCACGUAGGUUACGGAUCCACUUGGAUCUUGUUCUACGAACGGCGACUGCAUACGCUGCAGAUGAUCCGACAGGCAUAUGCCGAUGAGCCCCGUCUCUUGGAGAAUGCCGAAAGUCGAGCGAUGCUUGCGUGGGCCAAUUCCGUAAUGCAAGUCCUCGCCGACGACAUUUGCGAGAUCGUCCCCUUUUUCCUCGGCGAUACCGUCGUUCCUACUAAUCCGAUCUAUUCUGACGAGAUCAAUUACCCAUACAAAGAGGUCUCUGACAGCCAAUCCGGGCGUGCCAUACGUAUCCCAAGCAUGGACUCUACCCACAGGACUCGCGCUGCAGCAUCCGGCGGCUGGACUCUAUUUACCCAUCUCAUCGCUCUCUACCGACUAGCGGAACCGGAAGAUGACGCGGCACCACUGGUACUGCGUGAGGGACAGUUAGACUGGGUCAAGGGCCAGAUCAAGAGGUUGCAAACGACCUUUAUGUUCUCUAACCCCCCGUGGUAA